CUCCCCUCAGAGCUCAGGAAUAAGAAGGAAGUGUGUGAUGCUCGGAGUGAAGAAAGUGAAACUGCAGUGCGGCACUUUAAUCAUUUAAUAGUUUAAUCACUAUGCUCAAGUUUAAUGGUUAUCAUCAUGGAAAGAAGGAGGAAGACUUCUCCGGGCAGAAGCUCCGGACCCUCCCCUCUUCCCUCCUGGAUAAAGGUAAGGAUUUGGUGAAGGUUGACCUGCAGAGGAACAGACUCCGGCAGGUGAACGGCAUCGCUCACCUGUGGAACUUGGUGGAGCUGAACCUCUCCAGGAAUGAGCUGGUGGAGUUUCCUCUGGAGAUUAAAGAUCUGGGAAACCUGGUGAAGCUCUACAUGAAUCAGAACAGCAUCAAGAUCAUUCCUGAGGAGAUCUUCCCCUCGCUGAAGAAGCUGCAGUUCCUGAAGAUCAACACCAACCGGCUGACGAAGCUCCCGUCAGACCUGAACCGCUGCCAGAGCCUGGUGUACCUGAACCUGUCCAACAACAGCCUGAAGGACCUGCAGCCGCUGGUGGGUCUGCGGCGGCUGAAGGAGCUGUACGUGGAGAAUAACCAGCUGGUGGAGCUUCCCCGCGCCCUGUUCCGCGCCUCGGCGCUGGCGGUCCUGAAGGUGAACGGGAACGCUCUGCCCGAGGAGGUCUGCGCCGGCGGUCUAAAGGACCUCCAGAGCUUUUACUCCAUGCUGGACGACAGUUCCUGCAGCGUCUGCACCCUUAAAACCAUGUUCCUGGGCGCCACCAUGGCCGGGAAGUCCACGCUGUGCCGCAGCCUGAGGGAGGGCGAGCCGGUGCCGGUGGCGGAAGCCGACCGUACGGUGGGAAUCGAGAUCUGUGAGGUGGAUCAGGAUGGGGUUCGCUUCCUGUACUGGGAUUUCGCCGGACAGGAGGAGUACUACAUCACCCACCACGUCUUCAUCACGCCUCAGGCCUUCGUCAUCCUCGCUGUUGAUCUUUCCAGCUACGACUCUAAAGAUCCCUCAUCCUUCAGAGAGAAGGUGGGCUUCUGGAUCAACAACAUCCAGCUGAAGGUUCCGAACUCAGUGGUGUUACUGGUGGGGACUCAUGUGGAUCAGUGUGAGGUAGAGGGGGAGAUGAUGAAGAAGAAGAAUGAUAUUCAGGAGAAGGUGCAGCAGAUGCUUUUGGACCGGAGAGAGAGUUUACAGCAGCAGAGGAAGAAUCUGGAGGAGCUGGAGGACGUCUCGCUGUUCUCAGAGCAGAUGCGCGAGAUCCAGAGACUGGAGGAGUAUAAACUGAAGGUGCUGGAUCUGAUACCCAUCGACUGCACCAAGUCUGAGGAUAUUGUCUGGUUACAGAACCACAUCAAGGAUUUGGUUUCUGAUAAAGAAACGUUUCCUUUCAUGGAGCAGACGUUACCUCAGUGCUACCAGCAAGUAGAGUCUACCGUUCACGAGCUUGUGAGCGAUGGUGACGUUCCUAGGCACGGAAUCAUGAAUCACGAUGAUCUCCUGGAAUACCUACAGAACAAGCACAGUGAACUGGACCACGAGAAGAUGAGGCUGAUUCUUCAGUAUCUGCACAGGAUUGGGAUCAUCAUGUGGUAUAUGGAAAUUCCAGACUUGAAGGACAUGGUGUUUAUUAAACCCUCCUUCCUAAUCUCAUUAUUUAAGGCUAUAGUGAGGCAUGAUCUGGUGAGUGUUCUGGGAUCUAUCAGCAGUAGGGAGCUGAAGUCGGAGAACGCUCUGCAGGUCCACAGGAGUCGCUGGAUUAACGACUUUAAGAGCCGAGCGACGCUCAGUAACGUGGCGAUACGGAUCCUGGUGCGUAAAGAGCUCCAGCAGUCCGGUAUUGAUGAUCAGGAGAUGAUCGAGGAGAUCGUCGGGACCAAGAAGAAGACGGGGAAUCUCCUCACGCUGGUUCAGCACUUUGAUGUUUGUCUGCCGACCAAACAGAACGCUCCUCUGAACCCUGAAGCUCAGGAGUUCAGUCCCAACAGGAAGUGGGAGGCGUCCAGCCCGGUAGUGUACGAUCUGGAAGGGGGCUGUCUGUUCCCGAGCGGCCUGACCAAUAACAACCAGGUUCAGGAUCAGUGGGGACAAGAUAACCUGGAGGACAUCAACGUCCAGGUGUACUUCUCACCUGAGAUCCCUCACGGCUUCUUCCACAGACUGGUGAUCAGGAUUUGCUCCCUUUACUCCACUUACUGGAUCGGGCAGAACCAGUGUUUGUUCUCCUGUGGAAGUAAACGGGUUCUGCUCAGAGAGCACCUUACAGAGGACGGAGAUCAGUUUAUAGAGAUACGAGGAAAAAACAGCGACGUGAUGGACUCUGCAGAUCUGCAGAAGAUGUGGGAUGUUAUUAAGGUGGUAAUGAUGCGGUUGGCGCGGUUGGUGCAGCAGUGGCGAGGGCUGUAUCAGUUCGUCCACAGUCCCUGUAAACAGCGCGGCUGCAGCGAAUACUUCGAGUGGAGAGACUGGCAGGACUGGCUCGACCAAUCCGGAUCUGAGAAAUUUAACAUGGUUUCAGAAGAGAAGAUGACCUGUAGAAAUGGACACACCCGCCGCACUGAACUGCUGUUUCCUGUUAGCAGCUGUGUGAACCUGAGAGACUGACAUCCGGAUAAAAUAUUUACACUGAACAGAACCUGCACUCUGCACUUUCCUAAAACAAGAGAGAAAAAAGCAAAACGAUUUAAUAUAUUCAUUGGAUUUUAAUUUAUUUAUCGUCAUAUAUAGCAAAAUGUCUUUAUAUGACAAACUGACAAGAAAAUAAUGAUUAUAGUAGUGCAAGCUCUGUUAAACAUGUAUUUUAAUUAUUUUAAACAUUUCAUACGACAAUAAGUAACAUAUUUCUGUUAAAAAACACAAAAACUCACUUAAGAAGCCAGGGUAAUAAAAUAAAACUUUUCUGAUUCAAAAUAAUUAAAUAUUAAUUUUUAUAAACUUGAAUUUUUAAUUUUGGACAAAAAAAAAAAAGAAAUUGCUUAUAGGUUGAUUUAUAAUGUAAGAUUUAUAAAUGACACGACAUUAGUUUUCUGAGAAUUGCAGUUUUUAUAUAUCCAAACAUUUUAAUACAGAAAUGAAUCCAAUUAAGAAAUCCAAUCAAAUUUUUUAACCCAAUUUUGUUAGUUUUUCACAUUUUUACUUAAAGUAAAACUUACAGAUACUCUUUAACCUGUAUCUAAAGUCCAAUAUUGGACAACAGCAAAACAGUGAAUGUAAUUCCUUUUGAUUAGUUCCUCAUAAAAACACUUUUUUACUUUUUUAGUAAGGGUAGGUUGAAUGUUCCUAAUACAAUUAUGUUUUUAAUUCCCUGAUUGUUGAUUUUUUUAUUAUUUUCAAACAAAAGUGAAAUAUUCCUAAAGAAAUCUAUUUUGAACCAAUUUGAAUUUAUUUAAGUACAAAUCGAAUCAGAUCAGAAAUUAACUAUUUGAUAUAAAGUAUAUCUGGCAGUCGCUAUUUAUUGAUGUGUUUAAAUUUAAUGGCCCAAUUUACACUGACUUCCACCAAAAGACAUAUUUCCUGUAAUGUUUAUUUUUAUUUUUUAGAUAUAAAAGGUUGUUUUUGUGUGGGAGAUGCUAUAUGAUAGAUAAUAUGUGAAACAUGACAUGAUAUAUGAUAUAUGAUACAUGACGUAAUAUAUGUAAUGUGAUGUAUGACAGCUUAUGGUCAAAAUAUGAAAGUGAACUGAAUAAGGGAUUUUUGGACCUAAAAAAGAAUUCAGAAUUUUACCACUGUAUUAUUCCCACCACUAGAGGGAGCUGUGGGUAAAGGCUGUAAUGAAACCAGGAGCAGAAAGAAAAAAUCAGGAGUGCUGAAUGUACUGUAUAUACCUCUCCAUUUCCACAUGUAUUUAUUCAAUAAAGAAACUUUUAUUACUUUA